UGAUUUUGCCCGUCCGACUCGUACGAUAGUACAAUACCUCUCUCAGUCUCGUCUGCGGACGCAAGCGCUUUAUGCUUCGGCUCUCUCGCUGCUCGGCCAGCACACACAAAAUCGGAGCUCGCUGGAUCGCUCGCGCGAUGUCGUCCGCUCAAGACUUGCCGCCGUCGGGCAUCCCGAUCUUCACGACGCUCGCCGCCUACCGCGAAUGGCGACACAGGGCAUUUCGCGAGGGCAAAUCGGUAGGAUUCGUCGCGACGAUGGGCGCGCUGCACGAGGGCCAUCUCUCUCUCGUAAAGCGCAGCCUACAAUCGAACGACCUCACGGUCCUCUCCAUAUUCGUGAACCCAGCCCAGUUCGCGCCCCACGAAGACCUCGCGACCUACCCCCGCACGCUCCCGCACGACCUUGAGCUCCUCAAUGCGCUCUCUCUACCACAUCCCACCACUGAAGAUCCAGCACGGGUUCGCAAGCCCUCCGCCGUCUUUGCGCCAACGGUGCUGGAGAUGUACCCCUCCGGCAUCACGCAGGACGUGGCUGAGCAGAAGGGGACGUUUGUCGAGGUGAAGGGGUACGGGCACCAGAUGGAGGGCCGCAGCCGACCGACGUUCUUCCGAGGCGUCGCCACAGUCGUAACAAAACUUUUUAACGCCAUCCAGCCGGACCACACCUACUUCGGGCAAAAAGACAUCCAGCAGGCGCUCCUCCUUAAGCGCAUGGUGAAGGACCUCCUCAUGGCGUACCCUUCGCCUGAUCGGUUACACAUCGUGCCCACGAUGCGCGAUCCGACCGACGGACUCGCGCUCUCCUCCCGCAACGCGUACCUCUCGCCCUCCGAUCGCCGCGUCGCACCGACCCUCUACGCCGCUCUCAACGCCGCCAAAUCCGCCUGGGAGUCCGGCGCGAGCAAAGACGAGAGCAUCCGGACCGCGGUGGACGUCGUCGAGAAGGCGCGGCAGGAGGCGAAGUCUGGCUACGGAGAGGUGGAUGUCCAGCUCGAUUACGUUGAGAUGAACGAUUCGGACACGUUCGAGGUGCUGGAGGGCGGGCUAAAGAGCACGGACGUGAACCCGGCCCAUCCGGUGAUUCUCAGUGGGGCGAUGUGGGUGGGCAGGACGAGGUUGAUAGAUAACGUCCUCCUAGGAGACGUGGGCAAGGUCAUAGAGCUAUAGACCCCUAGAUCUUCGUUCUCACAAGCGCAUAAAUUAACCC